CCAUAGCAUCUCGUAGUAGAGAGGUUUCUGGGUUCAGAGGAGGUGGCGGAGGGCCUGCUUAUGGCCCCCCCCCAUCACUUCAUGCACGAGAAGGACGUUAUGAGCGGAGACUUGAUGGGUAAGUUCCAAGGUUUCUGUAGGCAGGUAUUUUGUAUUUGAUAUGGUGAGAAACAGAAACUCAUAUUUAGGGGCCCCAGAUGGAUUUAAAAUUUUGGGCAUUCUCAAUGUUUCCCAUUUUGGGUUGGAAACGGAAGUGAUUUCUAUCCUAAUGGCUGGUAUCUUAUGGAAUCAUAGUGGAUAUUUCCUGCAGCUGAUUGGAUAUCUACUCUUGAGAUACAAAGUGUGGAAGAUUUCCUGCAACAGCAUCAUUUUUGGAGUUACCUGUCAUCUAGAAUGAAUUAUUCCUUCUCUUGGAUAAUGUUAAGGGCUUUCUUGGAUAUAUCCUUUCUACCUGAUGGAGCUAUUUGGAUUUUGUGGUCAUACUAUAUGGAAUAUUUCCGGAAUAUUAGAGCCUACAGAUUGUUUUAGGGUUGAUAUCUGCUUCUCCAUUUUCACUACAGAAAGUGUACAAGUGAAUUGGAUUGUUACAACAAAUUCUAGAAGAUCAUAAUGAUUCAACCCCUUGGAUUCUACAAACAAUACUUUUACAUGGAAAUGUGUACUUGGAUGAAGAAGAGAGAAGUUGGUGCUUGAUUUUUCCAUUUUGGAUCUACACAAUUUCUAUGUUGUUGGAAUUAUACUCCUUGAUGGAAUGGGGGAAAAUUGAAAUGAUGGACUUUCCUAAAUUCUGGAGUAUAGCCAUUCUUUUCUAAUUGCUGGAAUGGAUGGGAUGUCAUGCUGUCAAGUCUACAUUAGCCCAGGGGAAGGAUCACUAUAUUAUUUUUUAAGCAUGUUGCCGUCCAGCUAAAAGUACUUUAGCUUUAAACACAUGGUGAUGAUCAGUUGUGGAUACAGCAAUAAAAAUUGACUAGGCUGGAUGGCUACAAAAGUGAACUGUUGGCGAGCAACUGUGCCUUCAUUUGUUGGAAUUGUAGAGAAUAUUUCUUCUUCUGCCUGCUAUCUGAGUCAUACUUAGGGCUGGAGAUUUUUAUGAAUGUGGAUCAAUUUAUAAUUGUCUACUAUUUCAAGAAAGAAGUCUGGGGGUUUGAGAGUUACAGUUUGUCUGGGACUUCUUGCUUCCAGUGGAAUUAUUUUGUCUGGUCACUAAGAUUUUUUUUUUCCUUGUGGUUCAUCUAAAUAUCAUUUGACACCCUUGCCCAUUAAGAAGGUGGAUUACCCCCAUAAGAGGGGCCAAAAUUGGGGAAGUUAUGUUCACAAUUCUCUCCCUAGAUUUAAUUGGGAUUAUAGGUCGUGUUUCCACACUUGGAAAAGGGCUUCAGAUAACAGGGAGCGUGCUUAUGAACAUAGUGCCUAUGGACACCAUGAACGGGGGACGGGAGGAUUUGAUCGGACAAGACAUUACGAUCAGGAUUACUAUAGAGAUCCUCGAGAGCGGACUUUACAGCAUGGGCUCUAUUAUACUUCUCGGAGUCGAAGUCCAAACCGCUUUGAUGCUCAUGACCCCCGAUACGAACCUAGGGCUCGGGAGCAGUUUACACUGCCCAGUGUGGUACACAGGGAUAUCUACAGGGAUGAUAUGACCCGGGAGGUACGAGGCAGAAGGCCAGAGCGGAAUUACCAACACAGCAGGAGUCGGUCACCACAUUCAUCCCAGUCUAGAAAUCAGUCUCCUCAGAGACUGGCUAGCCAAGCGUCUAGACCCACAAGGUCCCCUAGCGGCAGCGGCUCUAGAAGUAGAUCCUCCAGUAGUGAUUCAAUCAGCAGCAGCAGUAGUACCAGCAGUGACAGCAGUGAUUCCAGUAGUAGUUCAAGUGAUGACUCUCCAGCGCGAUCAGUUCAAUCGGCAGCAGUUCCAGCACCCACUUCACAAUUGCUUUCAUCUUUGGAAAAAGAUGAGCCCCGUAAAAGUUUUGGGAUCAAGGUUCAGAAUCUUCCAGUACGCUCUACAGAUACAAGCCUUAAAGAUGGCCUUUUUCAUGAAUUUAAGAAAUUUGGAAAGGUGACUUCCGUGCAGAUACAUGGAGCUUCAGAAGAAAGGUAUGGUCUGGUAUUUUUCCGGCAGCAAGAGGACCAAGAAAAAGCAUUGACUGCAUCAAAAGGAAAACUUUUCUUUGGCAUGCAAAUUGAAGUAACAGCGUGGAUAGGGCCAGAAACAGAAAGUGAAAAUGAGUUUCGUCCCUUGGAUGAAAGGAUAGAUGAAUUUCAUCCCAAAGCAACAAGAACUCUCUUUAUUGGCAACCUUGAGAAAACUACUACUUAUCAUGACCUUCGCAACAUCUUCCAGCGCUUUGGAGAAAUUGUGGAUAUUGAUGUUAAGAAAGUAAAUGGAGCUCCUCAGUAUGCAUUCUUGCAAUAUUGUGAUAUUGCCAGCGUUUGUAAAGCCAUUAAAAAGAUGGACGGGGAAUACCUGGGAAAUAAUCGCCUUAAGCUGGGUUUUGGAAAAAGCAUGCCUACAAACUGUGUAUGGUUAGAUGGACUUUCUUCAAAUGUAUCAGAUCAGUAUUUAACACGACAUUUCUGCCGAUACGGUCCUGUGAUAAAGGUGGUGUUUGACCGCUUAAAAGGCAUGGCCCUAGUUCUCUACAAUGAAAUUGAAUAUGCACAAGCAGCUGUAAAAGAGACCAAAGGGAGGAAAAUUGGUGGGAAUAAAAUUAAGGUGGAUUUUGCAAAUCGUGAAAGCCAGCUGGCAUUUUAUCAUUGCAUGGAGAAAUCUGGUCAAGACAUCAGAGACUUCUAUGAAAUGUUACUAGAAAGAAGAGAGGAACGAAGGGGAUCUUAUGACUAUAACCAGGAUCGUACAUAUUAUGAGACUGUUCGGACUCCAGGCACAUACACUGAGGAUUCCAGGAGGGACUAUCCAGCUCGAGGGAGAGAAUUUUAUCCAGAAUGGGAAACUUACCAAGGGGAAUACUAUGAAUCACGAUAUUAUGAUGAUCCUCGGGAAUACAGGGAUUAUAGGAAUGAUCCUUAUGAACAAGAUAUUAGGGAAUACAGUUACAGGCAAAGGGAACGAGAAAGAGAGCGUGAAAGAUUUGAGUCUGACCGGGACAGAGACCAUGAGAGGAGGCCAAUUGAACGAAGUCAGAGUCCAGUGCACUUGCGCCGUCCACAGAGUCCUGGAGUGUCUCCCUCCCAGUCAGAGAGGUUGCCAAGUGAUUCUGAGAGGAGGCUUUACAGCCGAUCCUCAGACCGCAGUGGAAGCUGUAGCUCCAUCUCCCCUCCAAGAUAUGACAAACUUGACAAAUCUCGUUUGGAGCGUUAUACAAAAAAUGAAAAGACAGAUAAAGAACGAACUUUUGAUCCUGAGCGAGUGGAGAGAGAGAGACGCUUAAUACGGAAGGAAAAAGUGGAAAACAAAACUGACAAGCAGAAACGAAAAGGAAAAAUUCAUUCCCCUAGUUCUCAGUCUUCAGAAACAGACCAAGAAAAUGAGAGAGAACAGAGCCCUGAAAAGCCAAGGAGUUCUAAUAAACUGAGCAGAGAGAAAGCUGACAAAGAAGGAAUAGCAAAAAAUCGCCUGGAACUCAUGCCUUGUGUUGUUUUGACCCGAGUGAAAGAAAAAGAGGGAAAGGUCAUUGACCACACUCCUGUGGAAAAGCUGAAGGCCAAGCUUGAUAAUGAUGCUGUCAAGUCUUCUGCCCUGGAUCAAAAGCUUCAAAUCUCUCAGACUGAGCCUGCAAAAUCUGACUUGUCUAAACUGGAGUCUGUUAGAGUGAAAGUCCCAAAGGAAAAGGGGCUUUCGAGCCACAUUGAAGUGGUAGAUAAGGAAGGCAGGCUCAAACCCAGGAAGCAUGUCAGACCUGAGCAGCCUGCUGACGGGGUGAAUGCUGUGGAUCUGGAGAAGCUGGAAGCAAGGAAAAGGCGUUUUGCAGAUUCCAAUUUGAAAGCAGAAAGACAAAAACCAGAAGUCAAGAAAAGCAGUCCAGAGAUGGAAGAUGCUCGAGUGCUUUUAAAAAAGCAGCCUGACAUAUUGUCUAGAGAUGUCAUUCUGUUGAGGGAAGGAGAGUCUGAAAGAAAGCCUGCAAGGAAAGAAAUUCUUAAAAGAGAAUCUAAAAAAAUCAAACUGGACAGGCUAAAUGCUGCUCCCAGCCCCAAAGACUGUCAGGAGAUUGCCAGUACUCCUGUUGGUUCUGGCUCAAGGCCCAGCUCAGACCUACAAGCACGACUGGGAGAACCAGUGGGUGAAUCUGUGGAAAAUCAAGAAAUCCAAUCAAAAAAACCCAUUGCCUCAAAACCACAGCUCAAACAGCUACAGCUACUAGAUGAUCAAGGGUCAGAGAGGGAGGAUGUUAGGAAAAACUUUUGUAGUCUUCGUGAUGAAACCCCUGAACGUAAAUCAGGCCAGGAGAAAUCACAUUCAGUAAAUACUGAAGAAAAAAUUGGCAUUGACAUUGAUCACACACAGAGUUACCGAAAACAAAUGGAGCAGAGUCGUAGAAAACAACAGAUGGAGAUGGAAAUAGCCAAGUCUGAGAAGUUUGGCAGUCCUAAAAAAGAUGUAGAUGAAUAUGAAAGACGUAGCCUUGUUCACGAGGUAGGCAAACCCCCUCAAGAUGUCACCGAUGACUCUCCUCCCAGCAAAAAGAAAAGAAUGGAUCAUGUUGAUUUUGAUAGCUGCACCAAGAGAGAAAGGAAUUACAGGAGUUCACGCCAAAUCAGUGAAGAUUCUGAAAGGACUGGUUGUUCUCCCAGUAUCCGACAUGGUUCCUUCCAUGAAGAUGAUGAUCCUAUAGGCUCUCCUAGGCUCAUGUCAGUAAAGGGGUCUCCUAAAGCAGACGAGAAAGGUCUCCCCUAUUCUAAUAUAACAGUCAGGGAAGAGUCCUUAAAAUUUAAUCCUUAUGAUUCUAGCAGAAGAGAACAGAUGGCAGACAUGGCCAAAAUAAAGCUAUCCGUCUUAAAUUCUGAAGAUGAACUAAAUCGUUGGGACUCUCAAAUGAAACAAGAUGCCAGCAGAUUUGACGUGAGCUUCCCAAACAGCAUAAUUAAGAGAGACAGCCUUCGGAAAAGGUCUAUACGAGAUCUGGAACCUGGUGAGGUGCCUUCUGAUUCUGAUGAAGAUGGUGAACACAAAUCCCACUCACCAAGAGCCUCUGCAUUAUAUGAAAGUUCUCAAUUAUCUUUUUUAUUGAGGGACAGAGAAGAUAAACUACGUGAGCGAGAUGAAAGACUUUCUAGUUCUUUAGAAAGGAACAAAUUUUAUUCUUUUGCAUUGGACAAGACGAUCACACCGGACACUAAAGCUUUGCUUGAAAGAGCUAAAUCUCUCUCUUCAUCUCGAGAAGAAAAUUGGUCUUUUCUUGAUUGGGACUCUCGAUUUGCUAAUUUUCGGAACAACAAAGAUAAAGAAAAGGUCGACUCUGCUCCAAGACCUAUUCCUUCCUGGUACAUGAAAAAGAAGAAAAUUAGGACUGAUUCAGAAGGGAAAAUGGAUGAUAAAAAAGAUGAUCAUAAAGAAGAGGAGCAGGAAAGGCAAGAAUUAUUUGCUUCUCGUUUUUUACACAGCUCAAUCUUUGAACAAGAUUCCAAGCGACUGCAGCAUCUAGAGAGAAAAGAUGAAGACUCUGACUUCAUUUCUGGUAGAUUAUAUGGUAGGCAGACAUCUGAUGGAGCAAACAGCACAACUGAGGUAAUUCAGGAGCCAGUAGUUCUAUUCCAUAGCAGAUUUAUGGAGCUCACACGAAUGCAGCAGAAAGAAAAAGAAAAGGACCAAAAACCCAAAGAGGUUGAGAAACAGGAAGAUACAGAGAAUCAUCCUAAGACCCCAGAAUCUGCUUCUGAAAAUAAAGAGUCAGAAUUGAAAACUCCACCUUCAGUUGGGCCUCCCAGCGUCACAGUCGUAACUCCAGACGCCGUAUCAGCAGCACUGGAGAAGACAACUAGUGACAAAACGGUGGAGGCGUCUCCAGUAAUAGAAGAGAGGACUGUGGAGGCAGCCACCAUCUCAGAAGAAGCAAAGCCUGCAUCUGAACUGGCCCCUGCCCCCGCGGAACAGCCUGAGCAGGUGGACCUGUCCACGGCAGUGGACACCAGCAAAGGUGCUGCCGUGGCUCCUUCAGUGGUCGAAGAAAGUUCAUCAAGUGACCAGCUGCCUUACCUGGAUGCCAAGCCUCCGACUCCCGGAGCCUCCUUUUCCCAGGUAGACAGCAGUGUAGACCCAGAACCUGACAGCACCCAAUCACUUUCUAAACCAAUUCAGAAGUCAGAGGAAGCCAAUGAGCCACAAGCUGAAAAGCCAGACUCAGGUGCGGGCAUGGAGCCUAAUGUACAUCAAAAAGCUGAAGUUGCGCCUGAAGUUCAGCCUCAAGCUUCUGAAGAUUUAGAAGUUGAUCCUCCAGUUACUACAAAAGAUAAAAAGCCAAACAAGAGUAAACGUUCCAAGACCCCAGUUCAGGCAGCUGCAGCAAGUGUCAUGGAGAAGCCCGUCACAAGGAAGAGUGAGAGGAUAGAUCGGGAGAAACUCAAGCGGUCCAGUUCUCCUCGGGGAGAAGCACAGAAGCUUUUAGAAUUAAAGAUGGAGGCAGAGAAAAUUACGAGGACUGCUUCUAAAAACUCUGCUAUGGACCCUGAACACCCAGAACCAAGUUUGCCUCUCAGCCGAACCAGGCGACGGAAUGUAAGGAGUGUUUAUGCAACCAUGGCUGACCGUGACAGCCGCUCUCCAGUCAAAGAGCCUGUUGAGCCACUACGAGUGACCAGAAAGAGGCUGGAGCGAGAACUUCAGGAGGCUGCAGCAGCUCCCACCACUCCUCGAAGGGGAAGGCCUCCAAAAACACGCCGUCGAGCUGAGGAAGAGGAUGAGCAUGAGGCCAAAGAACCCACAGAAACACUCAAACCAGCUGAGGGAUGGCGAUCCCCUCGAUCUCAAAAGAAUGCGGCUGCUGGUGGUCCCCAGGGAAAACGGGGGAAAAAUGAACCGAAGGUUGAUACUGCACGUCCUGAUGCCACCACUGAGGUGGGCCCCCGAACAGGUGAGAGAGAGAGUCACACAGCAUCUAAGGCUGGGGAAGAGGAGGCAGGGAGCCAGCAGAAACGUGAUGGCAAAGAAGCCAGCACAGACAAACACCCCCCUGAAUCCACCACCACUGAGGUGGUGGAGAAAAAGCCAGCCCCUGAAAAACCCUCUAAAUCAAAGAGGGGAAGAUCUCGAAACUCAAGAUCAGCAGUGGACAAAUCUUCAAACCUAGAAAAUGUGGGGGCUGCCGGGGCAGUGGGACAGGCAGGCGAGAGGGAAGCUGUGGUGGUGGCAGUCUCCCCCGAGAAAAGUGAGAGUCCCCAAAAGGAAUGUGGUUCAUCAUCCCAGUUGAAAAGUGAUCCAGUUGACCCAGACAAAGAAGCAGAGAAGGAAGAUGUAUCUGCCUCUCAGUUGUCCCCAGAAGUCACUCAAUUAGCUAAGCAGAUGGAGCUGGAACAGGCUGUGGAGAACAUUGCAAAGCUCACCGAAACGUCUGCCAACACUGCCUGCAGGUCUGCCACAGACACACCAGAGGGUCUCUCCCCAGAGGUCAAGGACAAGCCUGCACACCAAGCAAGUGAAACAGAGCUGGCCGCAGCCAUUGGCUCCAUCAUCAGUGACAUUUCUGGGGAGCCAGAAAACUUCCCAGCACCUCCACCUUACCCCGCAGGAUCUCAGACAGAUCUACAGCCUCACCCACAAGCGCAGCAGCCUCCUGAGGAAGGAAUGGAGCCUGAGACUGACGAGGCUAUUUCUGGCCUCUUGGAGACUGAGGCUCCUCCAGAAUCUUCUGGGCUACCAGUCAGUGCUCCUGACCCCUCAUCAAGCCCAGUAAAUACCAAGGAAGCCAGAAGGAAUAGCAGUGAAGCCCCUCCCUCAGUGCAAGAAGCCAAAGGGUCCAAAGAAGUAGAAGUUGCUCUUGUUCGGAAAGAGAAAGGGCGCCAGAAGACGACCCGAUCACGCCGCAAACGGAAUACGAACAAGAAAGUGGGGGCCCCUGUGGAGACCCCCAUCUCUGAGACUGACCAAGCUCCAAGCAAGAGUCCUGCUACAAAUGAGGGGAUGACGGUACAACCCCCAGAACCUCCACAGGAAGAAAAGCAGAAUGAAAAACCCCUCUCUGCGUCUCCCCAACCGUGUGCUUCUGACCCGAGCAAAACACCGUGUGCUUCUGACCCGAGCAAAACACCGUGUGCUUCUGACCCGAGCAAAACACCGUGUGCUUCUGACCCGAGCAAAACACCGUGUGCUUCUGACUCGAGCAAAACACCGUGUGCUUCUGACUCGAGCAAAACGCCGUGUGCUUCUGACCCGAGCAAAACUCCAUGUGCUUCUGACUCGAGCAAAACUCCGUGUGCUUCUGACUCAAGCAAAACUCUGUGUGUUUCUGACCUGAGCAAAACUCCGUGUGCUUCUGACUCGAGCAAAACUCCUUGUGUUUCUGACCUGAGCAAAACUCCGUGUGCUUCUGACUCGAGCAAAACUCCGUGUGCAGAGAAUUUGUUCCAAGAAAGCAACGUUGAAGAAAAGACUCCAACCAAAAUGUCUGUGCUCCCAGACCUGCCCCCUGCCUCGCAGCCAGCAGCAGUGGAUGGUGAUCCUCAAGCCAGGUUCAAGGUCCAUUCAGUCAUUGAGAGUGAUCCAGUGACCCCGCCUAGUGACCCCAGCAUGCCCACACCCACACUUCCUUCUGUAACUGUAGCAAAGUUCUCAUCGCCUGUCAUUUCUGGGGGCAUCCCACACCAGAGCCCCCCUCCUAAGGUGACAGAGUGGGUCACAAGGCAGGAGGAGCCACGGGCUCAGUCUACCCCAUCUCCAGCUCUUCCCCCAGACACAAAGGCCUCUGAUGUUGACACCAGCUCCAGCACGCUGAGGAAGAUUCUCAUGGAUCCCAAGUAUGUGUCUGCCACAGGUGUCACUUCCACAAGUGUCACCACAGCCAUAGCAGAGCCCGUCAGUGCUGCUCCUUGCCUGCAUGAGGCACCACCCCCUCCAGUUGAGUCUAAAAAACCUCUUUUAGAAGAAAAAACAGCUCUAGUGACAAAUGCCUCUGACACACAAACCUCAGAGGUUCCAGCAGCUGCUGACAAAGAAAAGGUGGCUCCAGUCAUUGCUCCCAAAAUUACUUCUGUUAUUAGUCGGAUGCCUGUCAGCAUUGACCUGGAGAACUCGCAGAAGAUAACCCUGGCAAAACCAGCUCCUCAGACCCUGACUGGCCUGGUGAGUGCUCUGACCGGCCUGGUGAAUGUCUCUCUGGUCCCAGUCAAUGCCCUGAAAGGCCCAGUGAAGGGCUCAGUGGCCACUCUGAAAGGUUUGGUGAGCACCCCUGCGGGACCUGUGAACGUCCUGAAGGGGCCUGUGAAUGUCCUCACAGGGCCAGUGAACGUUCUGACUACACCAGUGAAUGCCACCAUGGGCACAGUGAACACAGCCACUGGUAUGGUGAAUGCUGCCACAGGCCCAGUUAAUGCUCCUACAGGUGCAGUGAAUCCCACGGCAAGUGCAGUGACAGUCACAGCAGGUUCAGUUACUGCUGCAUCUGGUGGUUUGACUGCCACAGCAGGUGCAAUGACAAUGGGAGGUGCAGUGAUCACAUCAUCAGCUAAGUGCAAACAGAGAGCGAACACUAACGAAAACAGUCGGUUCCCCCCGGGGUCCAUGUCUGUGAUUGAUGAUCGUCCAGCAGAUGCAGGCUCUGGGCCAGGGCUGCGGGUGAACACAUCAGAAGGGGUUGUGCUCCUGAGCUAUUCAGGGCAGAAGACUGAAGGCCCACAGAGGAUCAGCGCCAAGAUCAGCCAGAUCCCUCCGGCCAGUGCAAUGGACAUUGAAUUUCAGCAGUCAGUGUCUAAAUCCCAGGUCAAACCUGAUUCUGUCACCCCAUCACAGCCUCCACCCAAAGGCCCUCAAGCCCCUGCAGGCUAUGCAAAUGUGGCCACCCAUUCCACUCUGGUACUGACUGCCCAGACAUACAAUGCCUCUCCCGUGAUUUCGUCUGUGAAGGCAGACCGCCCAUCCUUAGAGAAGCCCGAACCUAUUCAUCUCUCAGUGUCCACACCUGUCACUCAGGGUGGCACAGUGAAGGUUCUCACACAGGGCAUAAACACACCCCCAGUAUUGGUUCACAACCAGCUGGUCCUUACCCCAAGCAUAGUGACCACAAAUAAAAAGCUUGCUGACCCUGUCACCCUGAAAAUUGAGACCAAGGUCCUCCAGCCAGCUAACCUGGGGUCCACUCUCACACCCCACCACCCUCCUGCAAUGCCCAGCAAAUUGCCUGCAGAUGUGAACCACAUCACCUCAGGGCCCAGCACUCCGAUGGAGCGAACUGUUUCCCACUUGGCAGCCACAAAGCCAGAUACUCAUGUUCCUCGACCGAGCGGACCUGCACCAGCCCCAUUCCCAAGGACAAGCCACCCUAGCAGCACCACGUCCACGGCGCUCUCAACCAAUGCCACGGUCAUGCUGGCUGCAGGCAUCCCAGUGCCUCAGUUCAUCUCUAGCAUACACCCAGAGCAGUCUGUCAUCAUGCCACCCCACAGCAUCACCCAGACUGUGUCUCUGAGCCACUUGUCCCAGGGCGAGGUGAGAAUGAACACGCCCACACUGCCCAGCAUCACCUACAGCAUCCGGCCAGAGACACUUCACUCUCCUCGAGCCCCUUUGCAGCCCCAGCAAAUAGAAGUCAGGACCCCACAGCGGGCCAGCACCCCCCAGCCAGCCACAGCUAGUGUGCCUGCACUGGCCUCACAGCACCCUCCUGAGGAGGAAGUUCAUUACCACCUCCCUGUCGCCCGAGCUGCGGCCCCUGUGCAGUCAGAGGUACUGGUCAUGCAGUCAGAGUAUCGACUGCAUCCGUACACGGUGCCCCGGGAUGUGCGGAUCAUGGUACAUCCACAUGUGACAGCUGUCAGCGAGCAGCCUCGGGCAGCAGAGGGGGUAGUGAAGGUGUCGCCAGCCAGCAAGGCCCCUUCACAGCCAGGGAAAGAAGUCACCAAGACAUCAGAUGCCAAAGCAGCCCCUGCCCCCACCUCCAUCCCCACCCCUCAUGGUGAGGCCCGCAUCCUCACAGUGACCCCCAGCAACCAACUUCAGGGGCUGCCUCUGACUCCCCCUGUGGUGGUGACCCAUGGGGUGCAGAUUGUGCACUCCAGUGGGGAACUGUUCCAAGAAUACAGGUAUGGCGACAUCCGCACCUACCAUGCCCCAGCUCAGCUCACGCACACUCAGUUUCCUGCUGCUUCCUCCAUUGGCCUGCCUGCCCGGACCAAGACCCCUGCUCAGGGCCCUCCUCCUGAAGGCGAGCCCUUGCAGCCUGCCCAGCCUGUGCAGUCCACACAGCCUGCCCCACCUGCACAGUCCUCACAGCCUGCCCCAUCUGCACCACCCUCACAGCUCAGCCAGCCUGGCCAGCUGCUGAGCAACAAGAUGCCUCAAGUCUCCCAGGAGGCAAAGGGAACCCAGACAGGAGGCAUAGAGCAACCUCGCCUCUCAGCUGGCCCUGCAAACAGGCCGCCUGAGGCUCAUGCCCAGCUUCAGAGGGCACAGGUGGAAACAGGCCAGACUUCGUACCCUUCCCCCGUGUCUGUGUCCAUGAAGCCUGACCUCUCCGCCACUCUUCCUGCUCAGGCUGUCCCAAAGCAGCCGUUGUUUGUCCCCACAACCUCAGGCCCCACCACCCCACCAGGACUGGCUCUGCCACACACUGAAGCCCAGCCAACCCCCAAACAAGAUGCCUCUCCACACUUGACUUCCCAGAGACCUGUGGACAUGGUUCAGCUCCUGAAGAAGUACCCCAUCGUGUGGCAGGGCCUCCUGGCCCUCAAGAAUGACACAGCUGCUGUGCAGCUCCACUUCGUCUCCGGAAACAACGUCCUGGCCCAUCGCUCCCUCCCCCUCUCUGAAGGAGGACCCCCACUGAGGAUUGCCCAGAGGAUGCGGCUGGAGGCCUCACAGCUGGAAGGGGUUGCCCGAAGGAUGACGGUGGAGACAGAUUACUGUCUGCUGCUGGCACUGCCCUGUGGCCGUGACCAAGAGGAUGUUGUAAGCCAGACGGAGUCCCUCAAGGCUGCCUUCAUCACUUACCUGCAGGCCAAGCAGGCGGCAGGAAUCAUCAAUGUUCCUAACCCUGGCUCCAAUCAGCCUGCCUAUGUGCUGCAGAUCUUCCCACCCUGUGAAUUUUCUGAGAGUCACCUGUCCCGUCUGGCCCCAGACCUCCUUGCCAGCAUCUCCAACAUUUCUCCCCACCUCAUGAUUGUCAUCGCCUCUGUGUGAGCCACUGAAUGGCCCCACCUCGGUGUACGUUCCCGAGGCUCUGCAGCAAAAAUACACAGGACAAACAACCCAGCCAUGCAGGGGAAGACGCUGCUGAAGGGGACAGUCUCCACUGCCAGAUGGCCAGCCUCUUGCUCUCCUGCCUGCCCGGCUCAGUCGGACAGACUUCUCUGGGCAGUGGUGCUGCUACCUUGUAUGUUUACAUGAUGCUUUAGCCCAAGGACAGAACACCAACUGAUGGACUGGCAGACACCCUGGGGCUGGGGUCUCUCUCCUCUUUUUGGAGAAAAGGAACAGGGCAGUGGAAUGAAUUUUUUUUGUUUUUGUUUUUAAGAAACAAGAAAACAGAACUGCCUUUGCACUAAAUUAGUGACCUGGACUUUUGCACAGUGAAGACAGGCUGUGACACUCUGGAUGUCUUGGUGUAUGUGAACACUCGUUUCGAACUUUAAUGCAAGAAGGACUUUUAACUUCUGCUGAGACCUUGGGGUCAAGGAACAUUUCAUUGGGUUUUUUUGUCCCCACCCUCCCUUCUCCUUGCUCAUUCGGAUGCAUCACCUUUCUUAAUUCUCCUGCUGCCACCAUUAGCGAUUCACCAGGAUGUACAGUUUACAAUUGAAAAAGAGCAAACAGAAGGAUUUUCUUUCUUGGUGGGAUAUGCAGAACUUGGGAUUUGUGUAUAUAUAAAUAUAUAAUAUAUAUAAAUAUAUAUAAUACUGACUUAAAAAUCAGAUUCCCCUGACAUACAUUUUUUUUAAUCUGUGCCAAAAAUGUGUUUUCAGAGAAAAAUCUUAUUUUCAUACUCAGACUUUGUAUUGUCACUCAUUUGUAUAAGUGCACUUCAGUACAGCACGGGCCCUGCUCCUGAGAUGUGGAAGUGUCACACAGCACCUGUACAAAAAGACUGGCUAAUUCCCUCUUCCUGGUACCUUGGCCUCUCCCAACUCCCUAACACUUAUUAAUUUAUGAAACUGUUUUUCUCAGCGCAGUUUUGUUUUGUGUGUCCAUUGGAUUACAAACUUUAUUAAAAAAUACAAAACA